AUGGCCGACUCGGAUGUGUCCUACGGGUUCGGCACCAUGGAGGAGCAGCGACAGCAGGCGGAGGGCCAUACCACGGCGGGGCUUUCCGAUACCCUGUGCGCCGCCCUGAAGGCCUUGCUCCGCGAGGAGAUGGACCUGGCCACACUGAGGCAGAAAGAGAACAUGCAAGCGCUGCUGCUCGCGCAGGACCAGCGCCUCCGCGCGGCCAUGCUGCCGGGGAUAGCGGCGGCGGCGGCCGCGGCCAGGGCACGGGCGGCGAGCGGCGAGAUCAGCUACGUGACGGCGCAGCGGUCGCCGCGAUCGCCGCGGUCGCCGCAGCAAUGGGCGUGGCCCGUGGCACAGGCGCCGAGCCACGCGACGGACCGCGUGCCGCCCGUCCGCGGCCAGCGCUCUGGGCGCCGGGGCCGGCAGGCGGACAUCUCGCCUGAGGGCGAGUCUGGGACGAAGAGCCACCCGAGCCCUUCGGCCUCCUGCGCCUCGCCUUCGGUGAGCGCCGCGGGCACGGCCCCGACGUGCCGCACAACGAACGCGCUCCUCGGGGGCAUGCCGAGCCCCCUCUCCGUGGACGAAGAAGCGCCCGCGAGCCCGUCGGCGCGGAGCGCAGGCCGCACGGCGGAGCUGACCCGGGUCGUGAGCCUGAACUCCCGCUCCCCGGCUGGCGCUCUGGAGUGGAGGCGCCACAUGAGGGGGCACAUCUCGUCGAAGAUCAGCGCCAGGAAGACUGGCGUAGACUGGAUGGGCUGGCAACGGACCUGCGAGACGCUGGAGACCUUCCUUGGCCCGCUCAACACCGGCCGCGAGAAGAGGUCGAAAUUCUGGGCCGAGAGGGUGGUGGACAGCACCGGCUUCGAGAUGCUGUGCAGCACCGCUAUCGUCGUCAACUCGAUCAUCAUCGGGCUGACGCUGGACGCGUAUGUCAGGGCACAGAUGGGAGAAAUCGAGAGUGCCGAUCCGAUUUGCUUCCACAUCACGAGCUCGAUUGUCCUGGCCGCGUUAUUGCUGGAGAUCGUGUUUCGUAUAUUUGCCAAGCGCUGGAAAUAUUUGUUCGGCAAAGAGUGGAAGUGGAACAUCACUGACGUCUUACUGGCAGCGUAUUCCGUAAUCCAGCUGGUCGUGUUCCAAACUUACCAGCCGUGUUUUCAGAUAGUCCGCACCGUUCGCCUGGUACGAGCAGUCCGUGCUAUGAGUUAUGUGCAUAUUUUCCGCGACAUCCGGCUCAUGCUAUGUUCUUUAAGCCAGUCGUUGGUUUCCCUAUUUUCCGCCCUAGUGCUGCUAUUAUCAGUCAUAUACCUCUUCAGCAUUUGCUUCAUGCAUGCCGCAGCCUCCUACGUGCGUGAAGGCGGCGAGGAGGACGUGGUUGAGGCGCUGAGGGCCCACUACGGCAACCUGAGCCUUACCAUGUUCACGCUGCUCCUCGCGAUUUCCAACGGCGCCGACUGGAAGCAGAUGGCAGACCCGCUGGGCAAGAUCCACUGGAGCUUCGAGCUGCUGUUCAUCUUCUACGUCCUCUUCGUCGUCAUCGGGGUGCUCAACGUCCUGACGAGCGUCUUCGUCGAGCGCGCCCGGGAGCUCAGCAGGCUCGACAGGGAGAUGGCCACGCAGGGGGAGUUGGCCUCGCAGGAGGUGUUCCUCGCCGAGAUGAGGACUAUCUUCGAGGAGGUGGACGACGAGGAGGCCGGCAGGAUCACCUGGCAGAAGUUCCGGGAUUACUUGAAGAACGACCGGGCGCAGGCGUUCUUCGCCACGCAGCAGCUCGACACCUCCGACGCCGCCCGCCUCUUCAGCCUCCUGGAGCAGGACGAGGAGGGAGCCGUCAAGAUCGAGGAGUUCGCGCUGGGGUGCAUGCGCCUCCGCGGGCCCGCGAAGAGCUCCGACGUGGCGGCUCUGCUCAAGGAGGCGAGGGUCCAGCGGAGGAGCGCGAGGGAGCUGCGCCGGAUCGGCGCCCAGCUGGAGAGGCUGUGCAGGAGCCUCUAUUUUCCAGACGACGGGUGCGCGCUGGCGGGCUCGGUGUCGGCGUCGCACACCCUCAGGUCCACAGGGCACGCGCAGAUCGUUGCCAUCUGA